GACGAUGGCAGCGGCGGCCCAGCAGGCGAGAAGCGUGGGUCCACAGCGGCUCCGGGUGCGGCUGCGGGCUGCGGAGCGAGCGGUCGGCCAGGCUCCCCGCGUCCCCCGCCCGCCGUGACUGUCUGGAAGAUGGCGCCUGGCUGAUGGAAAUCCUAAUGACAGUCUCCAAAUUCGCCUCCAUCUGUACCAUGGGCGCCAAUGCCUCGGCAUUAGAGAAAGAGAUUGGUCCAGAACAAUUUCCGGUCAACGAGCACUAUUUUGGAUUAGUCAAUUUUGGGAAUACCUGCUACUGCAACUCAGUUCUUCAAGCACUUUAUUUCUGUCGUCCAUUUCGGGAAAAAGUUCUCGCGUACAAGAGCCAGCCCAGAAAAAAGGAGAGCCUUCUCACGUGCCUGGCCGACCUCUUCCAUAGCAUAGCCACCCAGAAGAAGAAGGUGGACGUCAUCCCGCCCAAGAAGUUCAUCACACGACUGCGGAAAGAAAACGAGCUGUUUGAUAACUACAUGCAACAAGAUGCCCAUGAGUUCUUAAAUUAUCUACUCAACACAAUUGCCGAUAUUCUACAAGAAGAAAGCAAACAGGAAAAGCAGAAUGGCCGCGUACGGAACAGUGACGUGGACGCUGAGGAGAACAACAGCACACCAGACCCGACGUGGGUCCACGAGAUUUUCCAGGGAACAUUAACUAAUGAAACCAGGUGUCUUGCUUGUGAAACUAUAAGCAGCAAAGAUGAAGAUUUUUUAGACCUUUCUGUUGAUGUGGAACAAAACACAUCAAUUACUCACUGCUUAAGAGGUUUUAGUAACACAGAAACUCUGUGCAGUGAGUAUAAAUACUACUGUGAAGAGGGCCGAAGCAAACAGGAAGCACACAAACGGAUGAAAGUUAAGAAACUACCCAUGAUUCUGGCUCUCCACCUGAAAAGAUUUAAGUAUAUGGACCAGCUUCACCGAUACACAAAGCUUUCUUACCGGGUCGUUUUUCCCUUAGAACUUCGUCUGUUUAACACUUCAGGAGAUGCAACCAACCCCGACAGGAUGUACGACCUUGUGGCUGUCGUGGUUCACUGCAGAAGUGGUCCCAAUCGAGGCCAUUAUAUUGCAAUAGUUAAGAGUCACGAUUUUUGGUUGUUGUUUGAUGGCGACAUUGUAGAAAAAAUAAAUGCACAAGCUUUUGAAGAGUUCUAUGGGUUGACGUCUGGUAUCUCCAAAAACUCGGAGUCUGGGUACAUCCUUUUCUAUCAGUCUCGGGACUGAAGGAGCCAAGGCGGAGCAAGCGUCUGCAUGCUUCUCUGGUUGUUUCAGGAAGGAUCAAGCUGAUGGUCAAGAAGAGAGAGAGAUUCAGGACGCUCAGGGCAGUAGCACACUUUGCAUACAAUAAAGCAAAGACUGUGGAUUAACAUGCCCUUCCGA